UAGGGGGGCGGGAGGGGGUGUCUCCCGCGGGAUCUCCGCCAUGCUGGUGAUGACUUUCACUUGGAACUCUCACUUACAACUCCCAGGCUGAGCCAAAACCAGUAACUAAGGGAGGCAAGAAGAGGCUUGCAAAGAGCUGGAGGGGUUCCGGGGACUUGCAAAAACCCACAAGGGGUGGAUUCAGAUCUCUCAAGUUCACCCAUUUCCCCAUUCCCUGCAACUUUACCCUGCUCUGCCACACAAGUCUAAAGCUCGGGAAGAGAAAAUUGCCGCCUUUCCUACUAGGGACCGGCCAGCCCCCGAGGGGCUGAGGUUUCUGCUCUGGCAGCCAGGAUGAGGCAAGGGGACUAAAGGGGGAGGGGGAGGGGUAAGCCGGGGGUGGGGUGGGAGGGAAGCGUGAGCGAGAGAGGUUUCCGAGGGAAAGUGAGAGGGGAGGGAGGACAGGGCUCACCCGCUCCCUCCGUCAGCCGCUUUCUCUCACAUAAGCGCAGGCAGAGGGCGCAUCAGUCAUGCCCUCCCCCUGCGACCGCCGCUGCUGCUGCUGCCGCCGCUACUGCGGCCGCCGCACAGCUCCACGCGCUGAGGACCGCCGAGCACCCGGGACCCUGCAGCCGCUUCUGCUGCCGCCCCCGCCGCCGUCGCCACUGCUGACUGUGCUGCCAGUGCUACCCGUGCUGCCAGUGCCUCUGCCAGGAGCCCCAGGGCUGGCCAAGGCAGGGGACUAAGACGCAACCACCUUCUCCUCGCUGCUCCUGCCCCCCACCCCCCAAAAGCCUCAGAACCCCCAAGCAGACUCUCCAGCUGCCGUUCCCUGGGGGAUUACUCCGGGGAAAGGAGGGAGGGGGUGGGGGGAACAAUCUACGGAGUUUAAGACUUUUUGAGGGGGGUGUUUAUGUACUUCCCCCCUCCCCAAAGAACAACAAAAGGAGGGGGUGACUUUUCCUCUCUCUCUCUUGCUCUCCUUUCACGUCCCAGUCUCCUGAAUGAGGAGAACUCGGAUGUCCGGUUUCCUGUGAGAGUUUUUACCUGACAAGCUCCGACUUUCCCUAGCAGUUACUUGGAGAGCAACUUGAAAAAAGUUUGGAGCCCCCGCGCAACGGAGCCACCACCGCUGCCGCCUCUUGUCCGUCCCCCAGGCUUUUUACUGGCUGGAUAUUGGGAGCAAGGAAAACCAGGAGCGCUCACCAUUGCAGGGGCACCCAAGCCCCCACCCCCUGCCCCCCCGUAAACGCACUAGUCUCCCCCACCCCUUCCCCACCCCGCCCCAACCCCCCUAAGAAGCCUGUUCACCAUGCACUUGCUGGGAUUAUUCUCCCUGAUCUGUUCCCUGAUUGCUGCAGCUCUGCUCCUGGGACCUCGGGCGCCGGCCGCAGCUGCGGCUUAUGAGUCGGGACUGGGCUAUUACGAGGAAGAACCGGAUCUGGGGGAGACGAAGGAUCAUGCAAGCAAAGAUCUGGAAGACCAGUUGCGAGCUGUGUCCAGUGUGGAUGAACUCAUGACAGUACUUUAUCCAGAAUAUUGGAAAAUGUUCAAAUGUCAAUUGAGGAAAGGAGGCUGGCAGCAAAACGGAGAGCACUCUGGUCCUGACACAACAAGAGAAGAUAAUGUCAAAUUUGCUGCAGCACACUAUAAUGCAGAGAUUUUGAAAAGUAUUGAUAAUGAGUGGAGAAAGACUCAGUGCAUGCCACGUGAGGUGUGUAUAGAUGUGGGGAAAGAGUUUGGAGCAGCAACAAACACCUUCUUUAAACCUCCAUGUGUAUCCAUCUACAGAUGUGGAGGCUGCUGCAACAGUGAGGGACUGCAGUGUAUGAACACCAGCACAAGUUACCUCAGCAAGACGUUGUUUGAAAUUACAGUGCCGCUCUCCCAUGGUCCGAAGCCAGUUACCAUCAGUUUUGCCAAUCAUACCUCCUGCAGAUGCAUGUCCAAACUGGAUGUUUAUAGACAAGUUCAUUCAAUUAUUAGACGUUCCCUGCCAGCGACACAGUCACAGUGCCAUGCAACAAAUAAGACGUGCCCCAAAAACCAUAUCUGGAACAAUCACAUCUGCAGAUGCCUGGCUCAGCAAGAUUUUAUUUUCUCCUCCAGUACUGGAGACAGUGAUACGUCAGAUGGAUUUCAUGAUAUCUGUGGACCCAACAAAGAACUGGAUGAAGAAACCUGUCAGUGUGUAUGCAAAGGAGGUUUGAGACCUUCAAGCUGUGGCCCCCACAGAGAACUGGACAGAAACUCCUGCCAGUGUGUGUGUAAAAACAAACUUCUACCCAGCUCAUGUGGAGCCAACAGAGAAUUUGAUGAAAAUACAUGCCAGUGUGUAUGUAAGAAAAGAUGCCCAAGGAAUAUGCCACUAAAUCCUGCAAAAUGUACCUGUGAAUGUACAGAAUCUCCAGGUAGAUGUUUAUCAAAAGGAAAGAAGUUUCGGCAAAACAACUGCAGUUGUUACAGACCACCAUGUCUGGUUAAAAUGAAGCAUUGUGAGCCAAGAUUUUCCUUCAGUGAAGAAGUAUGUCGUUGUGUCCCUUCACAUUGGAAAAGACCGCACAUGAACUAGAUGGCACCAUCUGCUAGUUGAACAUACAGUUUCCCAUGAGGAAAAUCAGACUAUAGUGCUAUCAUUUGGAACUCUUGAUAGAGACCUUGUUGGGGCCAUGGUAACAAAGACCGAAAUGAUCUUUCCUGAACAAUAUGGAUGGGACUUAUUUGCAUAAAGAACUCAUUUAAGGACCCGUUUUCUGCCAAUGACCAAACAGCCUAGGUUUUUUUUUUCCUUUGUGAUUUUUUAAAAAAGAUAAUGACUAUAUAAUUUAUUUCCACUAAAAAUAUUGUGCAGCAUUCCUGUUUAUAGCAAUAACAAUUGUUAAAGCUCACUGUGAUCAAUAUUUUUAUAUCAUGCAAAGUAUGUUUAAAAUAAAGUGAAAAUGUAUUAUAAACUCUUAAUAA